AGAUUCCGGGGUCGGCCCCGGCAGACAGGCUGCGGGGCUCGACUCUGCGGGAGCGCCUAAGGCAUUGGCAAUCUGGGGCUCAGGCUGUGCAGUUCUGGGUCCUUGGCCGCCCACAGGCGUCGGCGAAAGGCUGCCGCCCCGGCCGGGGACCAGGAAGCCUCAGGAAGCUGGCAAGGGCUCCCCGGGGACGCGCCACAGCCUCACAGCCGGCCCGAGUCUCCUGGGAGGCAGGGCUGGAAGGGCAGGGGUGAAGGCCAGCUGUGGCCGCUUGGGAAGGACCGCCUCGCCUGCUCCCGACCUAAGUCAGAACACCUGGAUGACCGGUGCCUCCAGGACGCAGGUGUAGGUGAGACUCGCCCUGCCACAGCACCCUGCAUCUCCGCGGAGGCCCUCGGGAGCCCAGCGUGUCUGCUCAAAACGAGGAAAGAAUGGUUAAAGCCCGAAUCGCGACUCCUAAUCCCAGCGGGACAGCGUGAAUGCAUCUCAGUCCACGUGGGGCAGGCAGGUGUCCAGAUGGGCAAUGCCUGCUGGGAGCUCUAUUGCUUGGAACAUGGGAUUCAGCCUGAUGGGCAGAUGCCCAGUGACAAGACCAUUGGUGGAGGGGACGACUCCUUCACCACCUUCUUCUGUGAAACUGGUGCUGGAAAACACGUACCCCGGGCAGUUUUUGUGGAUCUGGAGCCUACGGUCAUUGAUGAGAUCCGAAAUGGCCCAUACCGACAGCUCUUCCACCCAGAGCAGCUCAUCACUGGGAAAGAGGAUGCUGCCAACAACUAUGCCCGUGGUCACUAUACCAUUGGCAAGGAGAUCAUUGACCCAGUGCUGGAUCGGAUCCGCAAGCUGUCUGACCAGUGCACAGGACUUCAGGGCUUCCUGGUGUUCCACAGCUUUGGUGGGGGCACUGGCUCUGGCUUCACCUCACUCCUGAUGGAGCGGCUCUCUGUUGACUAUGGCAAGAAAUCCAAGCUGGAAUUCUCCAUCUACCCAGCCCCCCAGGUGUCUACAGCCGUGGUCGAGCCCUACAACUCUAUCCUGACCACCCACACCACCCUGGAGCACUCAGACUGUGCCUUCAUGGUGGACAACGAAGCAAUCUAUGACAUCUGCCGCCGCAACCUAGACAUCGAGCGCCCAACCUACACCAACCUCAAUCGCCUCAUUAGCCAAAUUGUCUCCUCCAUCACAGCUUCUCUGCGCUUUGACGGGGCCCUCAAUGUGGACCUGACAGAGUUCCAGACCAACCUGGUGCCCUACCCUCGCAUCCACUUCCCCCUGGCCACCUAUGCACCAGUCAUCUCUGCAGAAAAGGCAUACCACGAGCAGCUGUCGGUGGCAGAGAUCACCAAUGCCUGCUUUGAGCCUGCCAACCAGAUGGUAAAGUGUGAUCCCCGGCACGGCAAGUACAUGGCCUGCUGCCUGCUGUACCGUGGAGAUGUGGUGCCCAAGGAUGUCAACGCUGCCAUUGCCGCCAUCAAGACCAAGCGCAGCAUUCAGUUUGUGGACUGGUGCCCCACAGGCUUCAAGGUUGGUAUCAACUACCAGCCUCCCACUGUGGUGCCUGGGGGUGACCUGGCCAAGGUGCAGCGUGCUGUGUGCAUGCUGAGCAACACGACCGCCAUCGCCGAGGCCUGGGCCCGCCUGGACCACAAGUUCGACCUGAUGUAUGCCAAGAGGGCGUUUGUGCACUGGUAUGUGGGUGAGGGCAUGGAGGAGGGUGAGUUCUCCGAGGCCCGUGAGGAUAUGGCUGCCCUGGAGAAGGAUUACGAGGAGGUGGGCAUCGACUCCUAUGAGGACGAGGAUGAGGGAGAAGAAUAAAGCAGCUGCCUGGAGCCUAUUCACUAUGUUUAUUGCAAAAUCCUUUCGAAAUAAACAGUUUCCUUGCACGG